AUGACUCUCAGCAAUUCGAAUCCACGACAUCUACCUUGUGCUCUGCUGCGCAGUCAGGGAAUCCGCUGUGUAGUCUGGUUCGAGGAUGCUAUCGCCCACUAUGGAGUCCCGACGGCUGUAUUCGACUUAGCGGAUGGACUUUCAUGCAACGAGAACAAAAGAUUGGAAACGCCCUGCAUGCAGUAUGCGCUGUCCCCACCUACACAAAACUCGAUACGACGAGCAGGGGAGCUUCCGGGGCCUACGACCACCGUUCUCCUUCGCGCUGAGGAUUGGAAUUUCGACCUCGAACAGCAUUGCUCUCCUGAUACUGUGAUCCCUCCGCUAGCGCCGCUACUAGACGCUCUGAUCGAUAGUUGGUUAGACAGUCCUGACGACAACCUCAUGCUCCGAAUGCACCUCGGCUGCAUGAUCGCUUAUCUCUAUGGUUAUGCACCCGAGCUGCAACAAGAGACAUUUGCAGCACAACUGAAAAAGGAGCAUCGCCAGUAUCAUUAUGAUGUUCGUUCAGAGAUGACGACCGGAACUGCACCAUUCUUAAAUCGUCAACGUCAAGUUCGAGAAGAAUCAAGGAAAGCUCAGCAGUCAAUCCCUAAGAGAGAUCAGGCAUGA